AUAAUCUUAUCUCCCCGCAAAUUGAACACCUACCUAAACCCUGCAAUCAGCAUUCACCAAAUUACAACAAUGGCGUCGAAGUCCGCGUUAUCAAUGGUGGAAAGACUUCAAGAAGUCAAAAAAAGCUCCAAUAAAUCAUACUCUCAAAUUGCUGCUGAAACUGGUCUCACCAAUGUAUAUGUAGCUCAACUUCUUCGACGUCAAGCCCACUUAAAGCCCGAAACUGUCCCCAAACUCCGAGCUGCCCUGCCCGAACUGACCGAUGACCUUAUCAGUGAGAUGAUGCGCCCUCCUUUUAGAUCCUUUGAUCCUGAUUUGCUCCAAGAACCCUCCAUUUAUAGAUUGCAUGAAGCAACCAUGCAUUUCGGUCAGAGCAUAAAAGAAAUUAUCAAUGAGGAGUUUGGUGAUGGCAUCAUGUCAGCCAUUGAUUUCUAUUGCUCGGUUGACAAGAUCAGUGGCGUAGAUGGGAAGGACAGGGUUGUGGUUACCUUUGAUGGGAAAUAUCUGCCAUACACUGAGCAGAAGUCUGAGCACAUGCUUUCAAGACCGAGGAACUGAGGAAGAUGAAGAAAGCAUUUACAAAUUUGCUUUGUGUAUCAUCUGUAUAAAUGAAGCCAUAUCCUACCAAGAACUUGCAACUUCGGUUGUAAUUGAUGUUGUAUUGUUGUAUGAAAAACAUUCACAUGUGUUGUACUUAUGUGCUUAAGAAAUAAGUUAAGUGUAUAAUAUCACUUUGUUAUUUUGUGCUUC